AUGGGGCACUGGGGACUCCCCCAGGCCGAGCCGCAAUGGUUAACAGCAGCUCCUGUUUCUGGCAGAGGGAGCCGGUCUCCGCAACCUGGUCACCCAGCCGAGAUGGAGCCCCCGGACCAGCCGGACGGUCUGGGGUGUGGCCCUGUGUACGAUGUCCCAGACCCACACGCCUUCCCCCAGCCCAGGCCAGCACGGGGGUCUCCGAACAACGUCAGCCUCCUGGAUCGUCUGCUCCUCACCCAGUCUGUCUGGCUGCAGCUGAGCCUCAACUCUGCCACCGCCCUGCACAUCCUGCAGCGUGAGCCCCCAGGGACAUUCCUGGUGCGCCAAUCGAACACACGCCGAUGCCGGGUGCUCUGCUUGCGCCUCCAGGAUGAUUUGGCCCCGGCCUUCGUCGCUAGCUACUGCCUGCAGGAGAGAGCAGCAGGCAUCUCUCUAGAGGGCUCAUCCUGGAGCUUCCCAGACCUGCUGCACCUGGUGGCCUUCUACUGCCUGAGCCGCCACCAUGGCUGCAUGUGGCCAUCGGGGACUUUUCUUGUAGCCACAGCCUCCUGGGCCCUCGUGCUCCCAAUGCCACCUGCCUCCCCUACUGCCAGGACUGCCCCCCCCGAUCCCCCCUAUGUUCCUGCUACAUCCCUACCAGCACCCACUCACUUGUCCCCUCUUCCCCCAGAUGGGAGCUAUGGGGCGGACGAGUUCUUGCCGUUUCUGAGCUUCCUCCUGGCUCAGUGCGACCUGCCCCAGCUGCUCAUGGAGGCUGAGUACAUGAUGGAGCUGAUGGAGCCCAGCCAGCUCCUGGGGGAAGGGGGCUAUUACCUGACCACUCUCCAGGCCAGCCUGGCCCUGUUGGGACAUUUCCAUGAAGAGGAGCCGAGGGAGCUGCGCCCCGAUGUCCAGAGAGCACUGAGCUGGCAGCACCAGAGCCAGUCAGGGCGGCCCCCUGGCAGCCCGUGCCAGGACCCACAGCCUGAGAAAACCAAGGCCCCCUGCAGUGGGUGCCACUCCACCACACCUGCACUGGGAGCCCAGGGGACAGCGGAGCAGCUGCAGGGGCACCCCACAGACAACAGUCUCCCCCUGCACCCUGAGGGACAUCACCAGCCCCAGGAGCACCUAGCUCAGCACCGCCACUCCAGGGAGAUGAGACCUGGGCUGGGACCCCCACACAGGUUGCUCCGCGAAGGGGCUAUCGACCUGGAUGAACCCCUCUGACUUGGGAUGCCUGGUUCUGUCCCAGCUCUAGGAGGGGAGUGUAGUCUAAUAGGUUAGAGCAGCGGGGCUGGGAGUGAGGUCUCCUGGGUUCUAGUCCAAGCUUUGCCGUGACUGGCUUUAUGACCAUGUCCCUCUUUGGUGCCUCAGUUUCCCCCUUCUGUAAAACAGGGUGAAUAAGACCUGCAGCAGUGUGGAAGGGAUGUCUGUCCCAGGUAGCCCCUCCCUGUUCUACUCUCAGAGGGAAGGGAUUCUGGGGGAGCCUUUUCCUCACUCAGGGGGUGGGGCAGGGAGUAUCAGCUUGUGACAAUCACUCCUGACUUGAAUAAGAGUCAGUUAAAUGCCGAAAGAGAGAGCAGGAGAGAGAGAUUCUUUCUCUAGUGACACAGAGGAUCAAUGUACAUACUCCAGGGGGAUUUGCUGGCACAAAAACCUCUUCUGCUGAUGCUAUUUUUGUAGGGCCUACUUAAUUAAAUAUUUUUUGGGGGAAAAAUUCAUUUAUUUUUAUUCUCCCAAAAGCGACAUGGCUGUUUGUCCGAGGCCUCAAAUAUACGAUGUUCAUAUAUUACAAGAAAAGGAGUUCUGUAACAAAAUGCUCUUGUAUCAAUAUUAUUGUAGGACCUACUUUAUUUACUAUUUGUAAAAAAAAUAUUUACUUUGUUCGAAGAGUGGCAUUCUUUGUUUUUAA